UUCCCUCUCUGACGCGCUCCCGGGGGGUGACGUCACCUCCCAUAGGCACCGACGGACGACACGCGCAUCCCUGUCUACGUGGCGGGGCGGAAGGAGCGCGUCUAGCGGAGAGAGUUGUCAGCAGCGAGACUAACCGAUGAACAUGUCUGACUCCAACCCUCCCAUAUUCCCCCCCGCUCCUCUCUCUGACCCCCCCCACACCGACACCAACCCCCCAGGAGAAGACACACACACAGAUCUCCCGCCUCCCACACCCAUCCCCCAGCCCUCGUUGGCCACGGAGGGUUCCGAGGGCUCUGAGCCAGCCAACCAGAUGGCAGGAGAGGACGUGACCAGGGACGACAGAGAUGAGGCUCCUAUUGACCAAUCAGGGGACGGCGGUGUGGAGGAUCAGGUGACUGAGUGUGGCCAAUUGGUGAGCCUGGAGGCGGAGACCGCUGCUGCCGAGGGGGAGGAAGAGGAGUCUCUUCAGGUCAAGGGGAAAGGUUGGGGUGGAUGGGGCUCCUGGGGGAAGUCUCUACUGACCAGUGCCACGUCUACUGUGGGUAACAGUCUAACUUCAGUAAAGGAGAAGGCCGGAGCUCUGCGUCUUCACAGGACCUCAGUAGGAGAGGAGGCGCGAGAGGAGGGGGAGGAGGAGAGGAAGGAGGGAGGAGAGGAAGAGGAGGAUAGCUGUCCUCAGUCAGCCCUGGUCACUACUCCACCACCAAGCAGAGGAGUACUGUCUACCAUCACACAUGCUGGUAAAUCAGUGAUCAGUGGAGGUCUCGAUGCCUUAGAGUUCAUCGGUAAGAGAACCAUGACGGUCCUGGCAGAGACUGACCCUGGUUUCAGGAAGACCAAGAUACUAAUGCAGAGGACUGUCUCACUCAGCCAGAUGCUGAAGGAUGCCAAAGAGAAGGAGAGGGCUCGUCUCAGCUGCCAGCCAAUCAGUGAGCCCACAGCUCACUACGGAAUCCUGUUUGAUGACUACCAGGGCCUAUCACACCUAGAGGCUCUGGAGAUACUGGCCAAUGAGAGUGAGGCUAAGGUUCAGUCGUUCCUCUCCUCCCUGGAAGAGGAGGAUCAGGAGGAGAUAAAGAAAGAACUGAUCGCCAUCAAGGACAUCUUCGUCAGCCACACGGGAGAGGAGGAGGAGGAGGGAGAGGGAGAGGAGAAGAAGGAGGGAGAGGAGACAGUGGAUAGGGGUGAUAUAAGUCCCCAGUGUUCUACUCCUCUGUCUGAUGGGGAGGAGUUUGUGAGUGUCCUGACUGAGUUGCUGUUUGAGCUUCACGUCGCUGCCACCCCAGACAAACUGAACAAGGCCAGGAUGAGAGCGCAUGAUUGGGUGAGAGAGGUGGAGAAACCUGUCGUUGUCACGGAAACCAUCGGGGGGGGCGACGGAGGAGGAGCAAAGGGAGAACCUGAAACAAGAGAGGGAGAAGAAGAGAAGAAAGAGGGGGAGGAGCUGGAGGAGGAGAAAGAGGAGGAGGAGCUAAAGGAGGAGAAAGAGGAGGAGGAGCUAAAGGAGAAGAAAGAGGGGGAGGAGAUAAAGGAGAAUGAGGAAGAGAGACGAUCCAGGUCUGUAGAGGCAGUGUACCUGUGUUCAGUGGGCUCCCUGGCGGAGGUGACAGCCCGCAGUAUCGAACAGCUCCACAAGGUGGCAGAGUUGAUCCUCCACGGACAGGACCUGGAGAAACCUGCCAGAGACCAGGCUCACAUACUCACCAGGUUGACGUGUGCCAUGUGUCGGGAGGUGGGUUGUCUUGCCAGGAAGUUCUCUGAUACUCUGCUCACCGUUGGGGUUCAGAGAAAAGCAGAAGAGUUGAACCCUUUGGUAGACAGUGUGCUGCUUGAGGGUUCUAACAGCACCACAUACAUCCAGAACGCCUUCCAGCUCCUCCUCCCGGUUCUCCAGAUGUCACACAUCCAGACCCACAGCUCUAGAACCCGCACGGAACCACAGCCCUAACCCUGUCGUAGCCACAGUAAACACACCUCAUACUGCUGAAGUGCUGUGAGCAUACUAGCCCGUCCUAAUGAUGUAACUAUGUACAGGAAGAUAAUGUGAUAUAUAUAUAUAAAUAACAGCGAUACGGAAGUCAACUCCUAGGUUGCCAUAGUAACAGACUAGACUAGGAUAUCUGUAAACUAUGACGUAAUGCAGUAACUUAGUAUAGUUUCAUGUAGGGAACAACUUCUCAGAUUGAAGAGCUUGUACUCAUGUCUAUUAAGCAUCUCCAAAUUGAUUAUUUUAUAUAUAUAUAUAUAUAUAUAUAUAUAUAUAUAUAUAUAUAUAUAUAUAUAUAUAUAUAUAUGUAUUAAUCAUAUUUAUAUAUAUUACUGUUCAGAGGUAAAUCUAAACAUGAUUCAUGUCAACUGGCUAAUUUAACCCGGUGUAUCAGAUUAUGUCUUAUCGUUUUAUAAAGCGAAACCAAAAAAAAUAGUUUUGUUGUUAGAGUUUGUUUUUAGUGUCACGUAAAACCAGAUCCGUACAGUGUAAUUUGUCCGCUCAGGUGUUCGAACCAGAGACCUUUGGGUUCCUCUGGGCCCAACGCGCUAACCGCUAGGCUACAUGCCGCAGGUAUUGAUGUUCCCUGCUUAAUGAAGGGAUGUUUCUUUACAUGGCAGAACAACUAACCUUGUUGAAAUGGUAGAACAACUAACCUUGUUGAAAUGGUAGAACAACUAACCUUGUUGAAAUGGUAGAACAACUAACCUUGUUGAAAUGGUAGAACAACUAACCUUGUUGAAAUGGUAGAACAACUAACCUUGUUGAAAUGGUAGAACAACUAACCUUGUUGAAAUGGUAGAACAACUAACCUUGUUGAAAUGGUAGAACAACUAACCUUGUUGAAAUGGUAGAACAACUAACCUUGUUGAAAUGGUAGAACAACUAACCUUGUUGAAAUGGUAGAACAACUAACCUUGUUGAAAUGGUAGAACAACUAACCUUGUUUACAUGGUAGAACAACUAACCUUGUUGAAAUGGUAGAACAACUAGCCUUGUUGACAUGGUAGAACAACUAACCUUGACAUUAACGGACAAAGACAAUAAAAGGACCAGAACUAUAAUGUUCUAUAUUUCUAUUUCUAUGUGUGUAUUUGUUUUUUAGAUCCACUGGUUUAGUAAGUCGUUGUUGGAUCAUUUAUUAAUCUGCUGCUAUGGUAACGGAGAUGGAAUCUGACAACGGAACCUUUAAUCACAACAUACCAACAACAACGAAGAAUAAAAACACAUUUUUUAAACCUUUUAA